AAACCGAGGGGUUCUUCUCUCUUGUCACUAUUGAGCGUAGGCUACUACCGACAUCAAGCGUGCAGCAGCGCCGCGUGGGGAUUCCCUCAAUCAGGAAUUAAAAAAAAUCACAGUCGACAACACGCGGUAGACUGUAAAAUCACGAGCUAUGUAGGUGACAGGAAGGGGAUGGGAAGAGAAAUGUGUCACCAGAUCGGUGGCUAAGUGGUCUGCAAGCUCAUGCACUCGCGAGCAAUUCAGACCUGCUGCUUCAUCACAUCUUUGUAGCCGCGCCGACAUCAGAACCACAGCAGAGUAGGGUGCAGAGUCUGGAACUGGUGAUUUUGUGGCAUGAGUACCACACACAAAGCCAGCAAAACACUCAAGGUGAAGCGUGAGCCGGGGGCCAAUGGCACGUACCUGUGCGACGACGAGCUGGUGUCCAUGUCGGUGCGCGAGCUCAACCAGCACCUGCGCGGCCUCACCAAGGAGGAGAUCGUGCAGCUGAAGCAGCGGCGGCGCACGCUCAAGAACCGCGGCUACGCGGCCAGCUGCCGCAUCAAGCGUGUGACGCAGCGGCAGGAGCUGGAGCGCCAGCGGGAGCAGCUGCAGCAGGAGGUGCGCAAGCUGGCCAGCGAGAACGCCGGCAUGCGCCUGGAGCUCGACGUGCUGCGCUCCAAGCUGGAGGCGCUGCAGACUUUCGCCCGGGCCGUGGCCCGCACGCCGCUCAGCCCUCGGGGUCACCUGGCCUCGCCUCCCCCCUCCGCCGCCACGCCGCUCGCGCCCUCGGGCAAGGUGGCCGCCACCAGUGUCAUCACCAUCAUCAAGUCCAAAGUGGAGACGAGGUCAUAACCGGGGGGUCGUAGGGGUCAAACUUGAGGUUGUGAUCAGACAGGAGGGCUAUAGCUGGGGUGGCAGAUCUCUACCAAGCAGGACUGGAGAACCUGGGCAGCACAAAGAGCACAAUCAACUUGGAUAAAGUAGUGUUAUGCCAGAUCAUAUUUUCUGGAGUUGUUUCUUCCAUCAAGCCAGGUAGCUGUUUCAUUUUAUUUCUUCAUUCCAUUGCUGAGUGAUGUUUACACAUGUCAUGUGACCAAGAUGAGCAAUAAUAACAGUAUUAUGUGGGAUACGACCAGCAGGAGUAGUGCUUUAUGGCUAUUCUGUGAUAUGACCUGGCAGGCAAUACUUUCCCUUUAUUUGACAGGACCCCAAAGACAUGUCAGUAAAGUAUGUCAUGGUAAAAUCAUCUCCGUAAUAAAUCGAAUAUGGCAUCUCUCAGAACAGCAUCCUUGGUAUAGUUCAAAGUGUAGUAAAUGCCAGGCCUUUUUGACAGAUGAGAUACGUAGUAAUGAUGCUUCCAUUAAAUAAAGCUACCUUUUGAUCUCUGUAUAUCAGAGAUUGGGAUAGUAUGGAGAGUCAGUACCAUUGGAUGUGUCCUAGUCAAGUUAGUCCACUGGUCUAUGUUACUUUGUUUAGUGUCCUCAUUUGGAAUUUUUAAGUGUUGGUUAAUCAUUGCGAGUUAUACUGAUUAUAUACAUGGCAAGUGUUUGUAUGCAUUCAAAAGAAUUUCAAAAUACAGCAGAAAUGUGCUUAUGUUGUAAAUCUGGCAGUAAUACUGUUUCCAUGCUUUAAAUCAAAUCUCACUUAAAUAGAUUACCAACUGGUACAAGUGUGUGUAACGUAAGUAUAGUUUGUUUAUUUUGUCAUCCAGUCCUUACAGUUUUUAUAGUUCUAAAAUUAUUAGUUAUAAAACAUCUGUAAACAUUUCCAUGCAAGAUACAUAGUUCAACAUAAUGUUCACCAUUAUUUUGCUGUUGUUGUUGUUGUUGCUGUUAUUUCAGAAAAGAUAGGAAGGAAGUAUACCCAUCAAAGAAAUCCUUAGCUGUUUUUCAGUCUUACCAAAAGUGGCUUAUUGAAGUGUUCCAGCUUUCUGUAUUGCAUAGGUACCUGUUGUGAGGUGACCCGUGAUGUGACUUGUGUAUGACCUGUGCAUGACCUGGUGGCAGAAUCGCUCACUGUGCAGUCACUGUAACGACAUUUUGCUCUAAUAUCAUUCUACUGUACAGCUAACUACUGUAUUAUCUGUAGACAAGGUCUGUAGUGUGUGGUUAUAUUGAGCCCUAUGAAGGUAGUAAGAUGGCAUACUCAAGUUGUUGUAGCAUACAAGGUGCCAAAUGGCAAUCUGUUCACAAGCAAGCGUUGCAUAGCAAUCAGUACACUUUGCAACACUUAAAUAAUAUGGUUGGUAAAGGCACAACUUGUAGUGAAUUGGGUCAAGGACAUAUAAUCCAAUUCAAGGUUCAUCAAACAUGUAACAUUUGUCAAAAGAUCUGUUUUGGAGCUAUGUAUUAUUUUGAUGCCUAACACUAGUUCUGCUCCAGCCAAACCUAAAGGCUGUAUCUGCCUAUUCACAAAGCCAGUGGACUUCUUCCCCAGGUAAAGGAUAAUACUGUUUUUUUUUUUUAAAUUAUGCUACUUCAGAGACAAACAGUUGGCACAGAAUGGACGUUAUUUUUGUGGUCUGGAGUCAUUAAAGGAAAUAAUUCUUUUGAUGGGACUUUCUACUCAAUACAGCACUUGUUACCUUUAUGAUCUAACAAUGUUUGUGUUCAACUCUAUAGAAAUAGGUUGACUUCAAGGUUGAUUUCCACUGCUCAAUUCUGUGCCCUCUUCUUCUCCCAGACAUAGUGUCGCCUGACUGCAGAGUGGGGCUAGACCCAUAGCAUUGCUGAGAGCACAUUUUUAUCCAGAAAUGUGCAUGUAAAGGUCGAUCUAAGUUUGGUUGAGUUAUUUAAGUUGCUACAGCUCUUCAUAACACAUGGUCAAAGUGAGGCUGUCCCUUCAGUCUCCUAUCCCCUGGUCACUUAGCUGAACCUAUGUAAGCCAAAUAUUGGUGAUCCAUUCAUAUUGACGAUGCAAGUUGUGUAAAUAAACCUCAUGACUACCAGAUUAAAUUUCUAAGCACAUCAUCAAGAGUGAGGUCACCAGUAAAGUCAGUGAUGUUUUACAGUCUUUCUUUUCUUUGUUCAUUUCUGAGAUCAUUUGUAAAUAACUGAGUGCCAGUAUCUUUAUUAAUGAAGUGUGAGUAGAGAUGUGUGAUAUUUCUUCUGUAUGGGUAAUACUGUUCUAGUUUGUUAUAGAUAUUUCAAGAUUCGAAAACUGAACAUCUUAAUGUUUCUGUACUUUAUACUGUAGAAAAGUGACUUUUAUCUGUCUAAAGGUGAUAUUGUGUAUUCGGAUAACACAACUGUGGGUUGGACCAGUUUUCAGAGGUGUGUAAGUUUUGUGUGUCUGCAUUAUAUGUUUGUUCAUAAACAGCUGACUUUAUUUUCUAUAUAUGAUAAAUAAAAAGCUUUUGAAAUGUACUCAGUAACAGGGUGCCUUAACAUGCAACAAUCAACUGGGUUUCGCUGACCCACUUUGCCGCUGGUAAAAAUAACCAGGGAGGUGACUUUUGGUUAAAUCAGACAGUGGUUCAGGAGACUGUG